GGGGAGAAAUAUGACCGUUGCGGAGAUGCGAUGCAACGAGGCCCAGGCGUUUUCAAAUCUCAUCAUCGUCGCUGACCCAGAUCCGAACCCACAUGAAAUGCAACGAAAGAUGAGAUUUUGACUGCACUAAUAAAUUUCUUUCAGCCGAUAACCACGAUCACGCUCGCACCCACCUUCUGCAAACGGCUUCCGCAGCUGAAUAUUGAAGAACAGAGGAGGAAGCAAGAGAGAGAGAGAGAGACGAGUUGUGUGGCGUGUUGGGUGUUGCAGAGUGAGAAUGGCGAAGAGAAGUUCCGAGGAGAUGAUGAAGGAGGAGACGCCGAAAGAGGAGACGCCUGCGGAAGGAGAAGAAGCUCAUCCCUACGCGUUUCAUGUGUCUGGACCUCGCAAUGUCUCCUCCCCCAACUGGAGAGAGCUCCUCAAUUCCAGUUGGAAGGAUGAGAAUUACAAGAGAACGGUGCUCGCCUGCUUCAUCCAAGCCGUCUACUUGCUCGAAUUGGACAGACAAGAGAACCGGCCUGAGGAAAGCGCACUCGCCCCAAAAUGGUGGCUGCCCUUCAAGUACAAGCUGUCCCAAACGCUAAUCGACGAGAGGGACGGAUCGAUAUUCGGCGCUGUCCUGGAAUGGGACAGGGCCGCGGCACUAGCUGAAUUCAUACUGAUCAGACCCAGCGGCGCGCCGAAAGCCGUGUUGGCCCUAAGAGGGACAUUGCUCAAAGGCCCCACGAUCCGCAGGGACAUCCAGGAUGACCUCCGGUUCCUCACAUGGGAAAGCCUGAAAGGCUCGGUCCGGUUCAACGUGGCUCUAGAGGCAUUGAGAUCGGCGGCGCAAAGCUACGGGAGCAAUAAUGUGUGCAUCGUGGGGCAUUCGUUGGGGGCCGGGUUUGCAUUGCAGGUGGGGAAAGCUUUAGCCAAAGAAGGCAUCUACGUGGAUGCCCAUCUGUUCAAUCCGCCCUCGGUUUCGCUGGCUAUGAGCCUGAGAAACAUCGGAGAGAAAGCCGGGGUCGCUUGGACGAGACUCAGGUCGAUGUUCCCUUCGAGCAGCGAACAAGAAAACCAGGCGAGCACCGACGAGUCGCGGACGAUUUCAGAGUCCGGUUUGAGGGGCUGGAUGGCGCAACUGAAUAGGAGCAAGACUCUGAAUUUGGGAAUGAAGAAAUGGGUGCCUCAUCUGUAUGUCAACAACAGCGACUACAUUUGCUGCUAUUACACCGAUCCGCCGGGCACGGAAGAGAGUGGCGGCGACAAGGAGAAUGUCAGCCCGGGCCUGAUGAACGUGCAACAGGCGGCAGCGAAGCUGUUUGUGAUGUCCAAGGGGAAGCAGAAGCAGAAGUUCCUCGAGGCGCACGGCCUGGAGCAGUGGUGGUCGGAGGGGCUGGAGCUUCAGCUGGCCCUUAACAACAGCAAGCUCAUCAACAGGCAGCUCAAGUCCCUGUACAGCAUCCCGCCUCCGAACCAAACGCCGAAAAAGCCCUAGCCAUUAUGAAUGUUUUGCGGGCAUCUUGCUCGAUCUGUUUGUUAAAAUAACUCAUUUUUCGACGCGUGAUUUCAUCACAUUUGAAUUCAAGCAAAUUGUAAAGAUUGUGGCGUUAAUGAGUGAAAGCUUCUUCAAUCUUGAACUGAAA